AUGUCGCCACACGCUUACUCGGUCUCCGAUGAGGCCUCUUCCACCCACUCCUAUACCAACACCGACACUUCUCUCAGCUCAUUGGAUGACGACAUUCCCAACUUGACCAGCGGGUCGAACCUCCAUCGAUUUGGCGACGAUGAGGUUCAAGAUCUCGUAUGCGUAGGCUUCGGACCUGCUUCUCUGGCUAUCGCCAUUGCUCUCCAUGACUCCUUGGAGUCGAGAGCGUCCAGAUUGUCUUCUCGAGCACCCAAAGUCCGGUUCCUCGAACGCCAGCAAAGGUUUGCCUGGCACGCGGGUAUGUUGCUCCCCGGAGCAAAAAUGCAAAUCAGCUACAUCAAGGACUUGGCAACUCUCCGUAACCCGCGGAGUGAAUUCACAUUCGUCAACUACCUGCACGAAAAGGGCAGGCUUGUUGCAUUCACCAACUUGGGAACUUUCUUGCCACAGCGGAUAGAGUACGAGGACUACAUGCGAUGGUGUGCGGAUCACUUUGGCAACGUUGUCGACUACAGCCAAACUGUUGAGCAUGUCGAGGCCGGAAAGCUCAACCCAAAGACUGGCGCCGUCGAGUACUUUCAGGUUACCUCUUACAAUGAGCAGACUGGCGAGAGGCAAUCUCUGAAAGCCAAGCACGUUGUCAUCGCCGCAGGAGGCAGACCGAACAUUCCCAAAUCUCUGCCACAGAAACACCCAUUCAUCAUUCACUCUUCUCAAUACGCAACACACGCACCCAAGAUGUUUCCAGCAGGAUCCGGCCCAAGGACAGUGGCGGUCAUUGGAGGUGGUCAGAGUGCUGCCGAAGUUUGGCAUAACAUCCCAAGUCUCUUCCCUGGCGCACAGUCACUAUUAAUGAUUCGGGGGGCUGCUUUGAAGCCCAGUGAUGACUCUCCUUUCGUCAACGAGGUUUUCAACCCAGACAAUGUCGACAAUGUCUUCGCACAAGACGCAGCCGUGCGGGAAGCUGCAAUUGCCAAAGACAAGGCAACAAACUACGGCGUUGUCCGCAUCGAACUUCUAGAGGAGAUCUACAACGAACUAUACUCGUACAAACUAAAGUACAACUCCGAACAGCAAUGGCCGCACCGAAUCAUGAACUACCGAGAAGUUCAGGGUGUGCGGGAUGUCGUCGUGGACGGCAGACCCGCCGUUGAACUGUCGAUCCAGAACAACUCCGGAAUGUACCUCGCUCACAAGAAGUGCGCAGUAGAAAAGGUAACAGUCGACAUGGUCGUCGUUGCGAGUGGAUACAUCCGCAACUCCCACGAAGAAAUGCUACAAGGUCUGAGCGAAUUGAAGCCCACCAAAACCUCAAGUGGAAAGAGCUGGACCGUCGGACGCGAUUACGCCGUGGAUUUCGAACCUGGUGCUGUUCAGCCGGAUGCUGGCGUCUGGUUGCAAGGGUGCAAUGAGAAGACUCAUGGUCUCUCUGAUACACUUUUGUCUAUUCUGGCCAUUCGGGGAGGAGAAAUGGUUGAUCACAUUUUCGGCCACUCGCAGGAGUCACACCAGAAGCAGGUCGCGAGCUCUUUUGAGCACAUGCUAUGA